AAAAUUAUUUUAAAAAGUGUUUUAUUACCCGUAGAGUAUAGUGUUAUGAAAGCAUACUAUUUAUAUAACCUCAACAUGUAAACUUGUUCCAUUAAAAACGAGAAAAUGUGAAAAAAUGAGGAAAAAAUAUUGAAUUGAAUUUUUUUAAUUAUUUAAAUUUUGUCACAAAAAGAAUAAAUAAAAAUUGUAAAAACAGCAAGCACAAAAUUGAAACAUUCUUACAAUGACAUGAACAACUUAGUACGACUAUUCUCAUGUAUAACCUAAAAACAAGUUUAAAGGAAACAAUAAUUUGUGCAUUGUUUUUUAAUAUUUAAAAUAAAAAUGGAAAGAGAAGUAAAACUUGGAAGUCGUAGAAUUCAUCUUUUUAAGUAAAAAUUUUGCAAAUUUCCGAUUUUUUAUUUCCGAAACGGAGCAAAAUACCCUCAACAAAUUGAUUUAUGUUUCCUGUAAAUAAUUAUAUGUUAUAUUUGAUAGUUUAUGAAUAAUAACGUUUAAAAAAGUGCAACAUUUAACGUUACGAAAUAACGUCGUGAACCUCAUAUUUUGAAUUAAUAAUAAUUUCAAACGAAGUAAAAUUCACACAAUAAUAUUAUGACCAAUAAACUCAGCAAUUCAUCAAAUUUCAAAUAAUAUUAAAAGUAGAUUUUUUAAAAAUAUGUGAGCAACCACUCUCAGAUGAUUUUCAGUGGUUUGACCGUAAAUCCUUUUUCGAAAAAAAUAAUUAUAUUUAUUGUUGUAGGGAUUUGAGUAACUGAAAAAAAUUACUGCCAAAUGGAGACCAGAGAUGUGCAGUGUCAUUUUUGCGGUCAGGAAAUUAAGAGAGACGACUUCGAGCAACAUUUAAUAAGGUGUCAUUCUCAUCAUCCUGAAUUUCAGAUUGUUUGUGGGAUAAAUAAUUGCGAUGCAGUUUUUUAAGGCAACAUCUCUCAGAUCUCACAGACACAGUCAUCAUGCUCAUUUAAGCAGCAUAAAUUUGAGUGAUCCUGAUGAUAUUGAUAAUGGCACUUUGAAUGAUUUUAACGAUGACAACGAUAAUUCAAGAAACUCUAAUCUCAACGAUGACUCAAACUCUAAUGGAAACAAUGAUUUAAAUUCCGACGACAGCGAUAAUUCUAAUUCAGUUGACAACGAUGAUUCAUAUAACACCGAUUUAAACGAUGACAGCGACGAUUCAAAUAUUUCGAACAUCGAUGAUGAAGAAAAUAUGAAUAAUGAAAUUGUCGAUUUAAAUCAUCAUGAUCUUCAAAAGACAACCCUUGGUCUUAUGUUAUUGAGCAUGAGAGCACAAUGUCAGGUUACGAAUGACGUUGUCUUGAACGUUAUUCAAGGAUUAGACGCAGUAGUUAAAAGGUAUGUGCAUGACAGUCUAUUAAAAACAAAAAAAGUCUUAAGUGACGCUGGUGUUUGCGAUAUUAGUGAUUAUAUAGAUAUUGAUCAAGAGAUUAUUUCGAUAGACACCGUUCACGGAUUAAACACUAUACACAAGCAAAAUGUCUUCUUCAAUGAAAAAUUUAAAAUCGUUCAACCAGUUUAUAAAGAAAUUUCAGCACAUUUUUUGCAAGUUGGAGAACAACUUACAGUUAGAAAUCGAAAUAUUAAACUAAAAUCCGAUGGAAUUGUCUACAUCCCUAUUCACAAAAUUCUUCAGAAGCAUCUCAGUCAAGAUUCUUUUUUUGAAAGUUUUAAUUUCAGUUCCGAAAGUGAAGAAAGUCUUCUUAGUUCCUUCAGGAAUGGAACAAGAUAUAAAACUCAUCCAAUUUUUUCUUUAAAUAAAAGAUCAGUGGAGAUCAAAUUUUAUUAUGAUGAAACAGAACUGUGUGACGCACUGGAUUCAAGAGCAGGAAAAAAACAUAAAUUAGGAUUUGUUUACUACCAGUAUGGUAAUCGGUCUGUUAAUCAUCAAGGAAGUUUGUCUUCUAUAAAUUUAGUUGCAAUUGCUGAAUAUCCGAUUAUUAAAAAGUAUACUUUUAAUCCACUCGCUGAAAUGCUUGUUGAAGACCUAAAACAAGUGGAAAAUGGAAUCUUAUUGCCGAAUGGGGAAAAAAUUUGUGGAGGAGUCUCUGCACUAUCGGGAGAUAACCAGGGUGUAAAGUUCGUUUGGGGUUUCAAAGAAUCUUAUUCAGCCGAACACCCAUGUCAAUACUGUGUAGUUUCAUUGGAAGAAAUACAUAUCAUGACAAGAAAGGACAAUCAACGUUUACGAUCACCAUCACACAUGACGAACAACUAGCUGUAAUUGAAGCUGCUGCAACUGAAGACGAUAAAAAAAAUUAUGUGAAGAAUAUGGAAUAAAUAGAAAGACCCCUUUAAGCCAAUUAAGCGGAUGUCAUCCAACCACAACGUCACCACCUGAUGUUGGUCACGACUUUUUCUUAGGUAUUGUUCCUUUACAAACGAAAGUUUUCCUUGACCGCUUUUGUCUGAAAGAGAAAUAUAUGACCAUAGAAGAAUUUAAUACAAAAGUCGCUAAUUUCGAUUACGGAUUCAGAGAGAAAUCUUCUAAACCGUCGCCCAUAAAAGCUAAUCAUUUAAAAGAAAUUAAAACGAUUAAACAGACGGCAUUACAUAUGUGGACGUUGGCUGUUAUUUUGCCAUUUAUCGUUUUUGAUCGAAUAAAUGAUAAAAAUUGUCAUUAUUUAGAAAAUUUCAUUCAGUUACUGGAAAUAAUGGCUAUCGUUUGCUCACCGAAAAUCUCAAUGAAGACAUUAAGUUACUUGGAAUCGCUCAUCUCUCUUUACUUGGAAACGUACGCGGAAAUUUAUAAGUCUGCUACAGGUGUUAAAAAGAAAUUCAUACCAAAACAACAUUUCCUUGUACAUUAUCCUAGGCUUAUUAAAAUCUUUGGCCCUUUAAUAAAUUUCUAGACAAUGAGAUUUGAGGCAAAACAUCAAUUCUUUAAAAAGGUUGUUCAAGCAAUGCGUAAUUGGAAAAAUUUGCCUUUACCUUUGGCGUGGAAACAUCAGUUGCUCUAGUCUUUGAAGUGGAUUGUCUCAACAGAUAAUGAAAUUGAAAGUGGACCAAAGAAGAUUUUUGUCUCAUCUGCUUUUCCUUUCAGGUCACUCUUUCCUGCUCAAGAAAAGUUGUGUUUCGUAAAGUCGAAAGAAAUUAAUGGAAUAAAAUUUGUUGUCGUAAAAUGCUAUGUAGCAGUUGGAUACGAGGAAAGACUUCCGGUUUUUGCAGAAUUAUACAAAAUUGUUUGGAAUGACGCCGACCCCUUGUUUGUUUGAAAAAUUGUGCAAACCGUUCGACACAAUAUGGAACUUAUGGCAUUUGAAAUAAAAAGGACAGAAAAUUUCGUUCUACAUUCUCUGCGAUCUCUAGUAUUUCACAAAGUUUUUCAUAGUCAUAAUCUACAAGAUAAAAAAUUUAUUAUUCUAAAACAAUUAUGGGGCGAUUUACAUUAAUAUUGUUAUUAGAUUCGAAAAACUGUCUAUUGAUAUAUUAUUUGUAAGCCUUUAUAAAAUAAUGUAAUCUUUUAACAUAAAUAGGUUUUAAUUCUUGGCUUUUUUACAAAUUUAACAUUGACAAGUCAG